UGUCAAAGUUUACCAAAGUUUGAGGGCUUCUCUAUGAAUUUGUUUCCAGGUUUACAGAAAAUUUUAUGCAGAAAACUUAAGGAGAGGUAGGAGAAAUGAAACACACCAGUUUUCUCUUCUCCCUGAAGUCGGAACUUUGUCAAGGUAAAAAAACGCAUCGUGAUGAGGUAAAAAUGGAAUCCUAUUGAUCUUACGAGGAUUAUGUCUCAAUAUUCUCGAAAAGACGGCUCUGCCAGUAACAGGACUAUCCCACAUACACGAAUUGAGGACGAAAGGCAGAUAGAGGACAUUUACGAAUUUGGAGAAGUACUUGGAAGAGGGAGUUUUGGGGUUGUCAAGGAAGCAACGAACAAAGCAACGGGUAGUAGAUGGGCCAUAAAAGCUGUUAACAAGGAAAAGGCUGGUACUUCUGCUGUAAAACUUUUGGAGAGGGAAGUUCUAAUUAUGAAAAAGAUUGAUCAUGAGCAUUUGGUUCAUUUAGAAGAAAUAUAUGAAACAUCAAAGCGCAUGUAUUUAGUGAUGGAACUGUGCGAUGCUGGUGGUGUACAGAAACUUCUCGAAAAAAAGACCCGGUUUACAGAAAAGGAAACAUGGACAGUGAUAAACCAGCUUGCUCAUGCUGUGGCAUAUCUCCAUGACUGUGAUAUUGUUCAUCGAGAUUUAAAACUGGAAAAUAUUCUUCUUGGUCAACCUGUUGGUAAUGAGUUGUUAAAUAUCAAGCUUACUGAUUUUGGCCUUUCAUUUGUGAAAGGAAGUGUUGGAAGUGAUUCAAUGAUGCAAAGUGUUUGUGGGACUCCAAUUUACAUGGCUCCAGAGGUGAUAGAUGAUCUUGGCUAUAGUCAACAAUGUGAUAUUUGGAGUAUAGGUGUUAUAAUGUAUACCCUUUUAACUGGGAGACCACCAUUUGUGGCAGAAACAGAAGAAAAACUUUAUGAAUUGAUAAAGAAAGGUGAAGUGGACUUUUCAGAUCCCUGUUGGGAAACAUGCCAUGAAUCUGCAAAAAACCUCCUUCUUGGAAUGCUUAAAGUUGAUCCAGCUUACAGACGAACAGCAAAAGAAAUCUUGAAUCACCCCUGGAUUACUGGUGAUUCUGAAGCAUCAGAAACAUCAAAUGUUCUUGAACUAAUGAAAAUGUACAGGGAAGAGCUCAGACAGGGCUCUGAAAGUCAAGAAAAUUCAGAGACUAAUAAUAAUAUUAAUUGUGAAAUGGAAGAUGGACUGGUGCCAUCUCCUGGUUCUUCUUCAGAAAGUCCCAAAGAGGAAAAUGACAGAAAACAGAGUAACUCUGCUAAGGGUGCCUCGACACCAAAAAAGUCAGUUCCCUCAAGUAGCAGGAAAUUGUCAAAUCAGACUCCACGUCGAGGAAAUACAACCAAUCAAAUGGGGCCACCAUCACCCCACCCACGAGACGCCCAUAGCCCAUCUAGAUCACGUGACUCGCCUUCUGGUAGUGGCAAGUCAGUGCCUGGCUACAUGCAGCCCACGAAAAGCUCAGGUGCUACUAAGGGGCCUGGGACUCCACGGACCAGAAAGACAUCGGAGAAGAAAAGAUGAUGUAGAGAAGACGACGAUUUAUUAGAUACUCUAUUUUUUGAAGAUUCCACAGAGAAAAUAAUUUUUUUGUUCUAUUUUCAAUCAAAUUCUGCAUUGAUUGCUCAUAUCGAGACAAAUAGUCUAUGCAGUCAGAGGCCGGCAAGUUAAUUUGUUAAGAAUCGAUUUUUCCUCAGUCAUGACCAACUGUUUCUUGAAAUGUGUUUUUUUUCCGAGAAAUUUGGCCUUUGAAGUGGGAGCUUGGUGUAUCAGAGGAUAGCUCUGUGUGGCACUUCCCGCUACGCAAGAUUGUGCGUGACAAAAUUAGACAUUGAUAAGUCUUGGGGGUGAGAGUUAAAUUUUUGUUCUGCAAGAACCUGUCAAGGAACAAGGCUGGGGCGGGACAUUCCACAGUGUAGGGCUUUGAUGCAUUUUACACGAGUCAGAGUUGAUCAAGUACUGUCUGUCGGUCUUUUUUCCUAUAUUUAUAGUCACAGAAUUGACUGCUGGAAGGAAAUGUAGGUGAUCUUUAAAAUACUUAUAAUUCCACAAAUAAUAAGAUAUUUUAGGAAGGAAUUAUUCAAGCAAGUCUGUUUGCAAGUUGUUACAACACUUAACAGCAUAGUUGCACCUUGCUAUCUCAGACUUUCAACUUUUGUUUGUACGAAUUAUGUCUCCCAAGAAUUGACUACAACUCAUGUAGACUCUUACAACGUUAUCAUGCUUCAGGAUAAUGAGACGAAACUGUUCAAACAGAUCACGUCUAGUGCUGUCAUGAGUGGUACCAAAAUUUUAGAGAAGUUGAACUUUGAAACGAAAACGGGAACGCUUUGAACCCAGGACCACCCUUUCACUUGCUUGAGACACUUCAUUUAUGGAUUUUGUCGCUAUUUUAAAACGAAUCAAUGGUAAGCUACAAUAAACACAACUUUGGUAUGGCCAACUCAUGAUAAGCUCGAAGUUCAGUACUUAAUGUGGAGGUUGAUCUAUUUUCACUGUAGUUACAGUACGUUUAUAUUUAUAAAUAAUUGGUUUUAUUGUAUUAGGAGCUCGAAAGAAGAAACCCAGGUCUUCAACUAAUGUACAGAAUAUUGUUUCAAAGAAGAUUCUGUAAUUUAUAGAAAUUCCCAUUCGGCUCAUUUUACGCAGCCUAGUUUUACGUCAAUUACUUGAAAUAUUGUAGUGUGAACAAUAGCAUAAUAAACCGGCUUCCAGGUCCACAAAUUUCAUGUGUCGUGGUAUUGUAAGUUAUCUUUGUAAAAUUCAUAAGUUAAGUGUAAUUAAAAUAUAGUCCAAGUCCGUCAA